CCCCCCCUCCAAGUCCUUUUAUAGGUAGGGUCGAAUACCUAGAUCUAGUCUUCUCAGAUUAAAAAAAAAAGACUACAACAAACUUCAGCGGUGCCGUGUGGAAGUUUUGCUCAUUUAAAAGACCCCUUAUCCGCACUCGGCAGUUCUGAAAUCCUAACAGGUAGGCCAUCCGGGCAAAAUUCCGAAUUAGUUCCUUCCCAAAACAGAAGCAACUCUUUCAGUAGUCUAUAGAUCUAGAUCUAAUUUACUAUAGAAUUUUUAAAUUUUUUUUAAAGAUCACUACAUGGCUGUCAGGCGUUCUGUGUAGAUAGAACAGCCAUGUAAAAAAAAAUCAGCUGCUCUUACAGAGGUCUGAAACUGAUCUAUAUUGGGUUGUGGGUGUAAAAACACAUAGAAAGCAAAGUCAGACAUGGGACGACUAUAUAUGAAGGGAUUGUGGCAGUUUAGCCCGCACUGAUAACGGCGCCUCCUAAAUUAAAUUGUUUGAGCAUUUGUGAGGCACCUCUAUGCCGCUAGAGUUCUCUUUCACUCUCUGCGAUCUUUUCCUGUUUGGUUCACGACCGUUUUGGAGCCGAUCUUCGUAUACAGCCAUUCCCACACGGGAAUGUUACUUUCACCACAUUAUUUUAUUCUUUGUAUAUGGUUGUUUUUUUGUUGUUUUUUUUGGGGGGGGGGUUUGGUGUGUGGAAGCUCUUCUUCCAACGUUUCUGCAUUCUUCCUGUCUCAAACUGAUCACACAUCUGUCUUUCAACCACUCUUAUUUCUGUGACUGUGAAGUUUACCUCUUUUGUGCUGAAAUAAACGAACAAAAACCAUUUAAUAGUAUAAUUUAUUUAUAAAUAACGGCCAAUCUUGGUUUUGUUUUGUUCGUUUUGUGUUUACAUUAUACUUUUACUUUCUUUUGCUUUGAAGGGAGAUAACUUCCACAGUAAGCCAACAUCCGGUCUGGCUUCCGUGAUUGGUUCUAUCUUCAGUGUUAUGAAUUUCAAGACCCAAAUAGAUUUGAGAAAAAGUUUCAUGUAUUGCGUUUCAUGUCGUUCGAACUCUAGGGUCGAAAAAUGUUCCUCAAAGAGAGACAUUUAGUAGUUGAAUAAUUUUAUUGCACUAUGGCUGAGGCAAAGGAAGAGGUGCCAACUCUCCCACCGAAAGGAAGAGUACAAUCAGUCCGUCAGCAGUGGUCAGUCCAUGAAGAUGGAGCUUUGGCCUACAGAAUACAGAAUGAAGAAAUUGACCAGCACUAUGGGCUGAAUCGUUUCCACCGACGCACGGUACGGGAGGACAUUCCCGUGGCCAAGGUCGUCCAGACGGAGGAAGAAUGCAGACAGCAGGAGGAGAGGAUGAUGGAGCUAGCAGCUCUCAAAGCUCAGGCAGACGAAGACGAGAAAAUGGCCAAACAGAUGAGUCACCGUCUGCAGCGAUACUCCCCGCUCCCCCCGGAGACAGAUCAAGCUCUCGAUGAUGAGGUGGGUUUUCUGUGUCAAGUUUCUUCCUCAGGUGCCAGAUCUGAAUCAGACAUUGGUGAUCAUGGUUCACCAUUCAUUUCUCUACGCGGAAGCAAAAAAAAAAGUCCCAACCCUAUACUAUCCUAG